AUGGCGCAACUGGCCAGCCCAGGUCUGGCUGACCUGGAGAAGGAGCUGGUAUGCUCGAUCUGUACCGAGCUCCUCUACCAGCCGUUAACCCUCCUCGACUGCCUACACACAUUUUGCGGCUCGUGUGUGAAAGAAUGGUUCACGGCCCAGGGAUCGCGUCGCCGGCCCUCCACGUCUUCGUCUGCCCGAUUCACCUGCCCCUCCUGUCGGGCCGAUGUGCGCGGCACCCGACCAAAUGCUACCGUGACCACUCUGGUGGACAUGGUCUUGGCGGCUCAUCCAGAUCGCGUCAAAUCUGCGGCCGAGAAGGAUGAGAUUGCGAAGCGAUACAAACCGAGCGACUCGGUGUUCCCACCGGAUCCCCCGCACGACGAGAGCGCUGAAGAGGACAACUACGACGAUGACAGGCUGCUGGAGGAAGUUCGGGAACUAAGUUUACGAGAGAGUAGAGCACAGGCGAGACGCGAAAACCGCCGGGCAGACCCCUCACGGAACCAUGAACCAAGAAACGACUCAGGGCGGCACGCAGCUGAGGGUCGCACUCGACGCCGACAAGAUGAGACUUCUGCGGAACAGCGUACACAACGACUCGGGUCACGUCCAGGUCGUGAUGGAGAUCGCACUCGGCGUAUCGAACACCAGUCGAGCUUGCGGUCAUUGUUGAGCUUGUCUUCUGAGGCAGAGACGAUGGAAGAAGAAAUUCUUCGGCAAAUCAUAGAGGAAGGAUUGCUCGAUGACAUUGAUCUGGAUAACCUGGGACCCGCGCAGGAGGAAGAACUCAGUGAACGCAUUGCAGAUGCCUAUCGUCGGAGACAUAUGCAGCGAUCUAACUCUCGGCAAAGCAAUCCACGAAGACAUUCGCCCGAUGUCACCUCACGAACCCAGACCAGAUCCCAGUCCGCCCAAAGAUCUUCAGAGCCAGCUCCAACCUCUCGGGAACAGGAUGAAAGGCGGCCACCUGUAUCCAGACCCCAUCUUUUGGACCAGUCUCGCCCAAGCAACACACAUCAACGACGCAACUCCGACCAAACUAGUGAACGUCAGCACACAUCGCCGCUUACAUUGAGUCAGGCUUCGGCGUCGGAUGACAUGUUGCGCCCUGCGGCAAGAUCGUCUAGUGACAUGACCUCAGAGCGUUCUCGAGCCUCCCAAGCAGGACGACCGAGACUGCACGCCUCAUCUACAAGGUUACGACGAGCAACUGAGCCGGAUCAGAACAUCUCCGAUGUUUGGAUGGGAGGCGGGCGAGAGCGGAGCUCUUCGAGACAGGUUAGCAGCCAAACGAUGACCAACUCCCCUUCCUCAGUCUCCUCUCCCCGACUAGAGGCAUCUCACGGCUCCACUCCGACCGAUCAAGCUACUCAUCCUCUGUCAUCGCCACUUGUUCCAACCAGGGGCGAUCUUUCUCUCCGAUCUGGUAGAUCCCGACCAUCUUCAUCACGAUCCAAUGUCCCUCCAUCUCCGGGCGCUCACUUCAUCGAACCAAGUAUCUCUUGCGAGUGCUGUGGAAAGCAAAAUAUCCAAUACAAUCUGCACAAAAGAUGCCCUCAGUGCAAAGACGGUAACUAUCACAUCUGUCUGCGGUGCUAUCGAGCAGGACGAGGCUGUCUUCGCUGGAAUGGCUUUGGUGCAUCUGCACAAGAGACCUUCGAACAAAUCCUUGCAUCGUCAAAUCGGCAACCAGCACAGACGAAGGAGACAGGCCAUAUUCUUGUCUCGGUGAAAUAUACUCGACCCGCAGAAUCUGCGUAUCGGACAAUCAUUGACAACAGGCGGGUUACAAAUGAUAACCCAGCUAAUCGCCGAAUAACCGGUCUCUUCUGUGACAUCUGUCAGUCAGUAGCCAACGACUGUUUCUGGAAGUGCAGUCAGUGUAACCAAGGAGACUGGGGGUUCUGCAACCGAUGUGUCAACCAAGGGCGAUGCUGUACUCAUGCCCUGCUGCCGAUCCGGCGCAUCACAGCCAGCACGUCCUCAUCAGCUCCUUCGACUCCGGCCGAUGCUAUGACAGCCGGUCCAACCUGCCAGCCCGAACCCGAGAGCUACAAGAUCCUUUCAUUUUCUACCAACUGCGACAUCUGCACUUAUCCAAUCCCUGCCUCGGUGACUCGGUUCCAUUGCCUGGAAUGCAAUGGCGGAGAUUACGACGUGUGCACGAACUGUUACCUCAAGCUGGUGGCUACUUCUAAAAUUACCAAAGAAAAUGGCCACAAUGGCUGGCGCCGCUGCCUAGCGGGUCACCGAAUGAUCAUUGUCGGAUUCGAGGAUCACCAGUCUGGGCAGCGACGCGUGGUCGUGCACGACUUGGUGGGCGGCCGUGCCCUCAAAGAUGAGCACGUCGCAUCCUCGACCUCGUCACCCGCCCCAACAUCUCCCGAACUGGGCAAGGGUGACUGGAGUUGGAAAGACGGUUCCGAUCGACGGAAGAAAGCUUCACGUCUCCGCGGUGCUUUGGCCUCUAACAACAACACUGCCACCUCUGAUCCCUCAAGUACUGGCAGCCCUGUCCCUCAACAAGCCCCUUCCUUCCGCCGUUUCCCUCCUGAUGGCGGCGUUGGUCUCGUCGUUCACGCCCUCUGGUCGUGGUAUCCGGAGGACGAGGUUGAGGAUGAAUUGACUUUCCCGCGUGGCGCGGAGAUUACUGAAGCAGAGAACAUCAACGACGACUGGUUCUGGGGCUGCUAUGCCGGCCGCACGGGCCUGUUUCCGGGGGCUCAUGUUACUGUUGUCAGCGAGGUGGUGUAA